AUGGCCCAUUACAAAGCUGCCACAAAGCGUGAGCAGUUUCGGAGGUACUUGGAGAAGUCGGGGGUGCUGGACAUGCUGACCAAAGUGUUGGUAGCCUUAUAUGAAGAACCAGAGAAACCUAAUAGUGCUUUGGAUUUUUUAAAGCAUCCCUUAGGAGUUGCUACCCCAGAAAACCCAGAAAUUGAGCUGCUUUGCCUAGAAUUGGCAGAAAUGAAAGAGAAAUAUGAAGCCACUAUAGAAGAAAAUAAAAAACUGAAAGCAAAGCUUGCUCAGAAUGAACCACCUCAGGAGGAGAAGUGUGCUGAAUAG